UUAUAGCCUUCAGGAAUCAGAAAAUGGCGGGAAAAUAGACCGCCUCCUCGGAAAACAAAGGAGAAGAAGAAAGAAAAAUGGAGACAGAACCAAAACCAUCGUCGUCGGAAGCGUCGGUCUGCUGGAGAAAAGAAUUGGAUACUAACCUCAAGAGGCUCCAAUCUCUUCUAUUCGGCGCCGACAUCGCUAUCCAGAAGCGAGAUUACAGUUAUGCUCAAUUACUCUCCCUUCGUCUCAUUGGUUUCCUCGAUUCUCGGUCCAUCAACGACGUAGAUGAAGCCUUCAUUCGUCCUAUUCGCCGUGAAGCCCUCUCUAAACUCGAUUCCGCUACUCAAUCACUCAUUCCUGAAUCCGAUCGUCAAGCUUUUGAGCAAGCUGGUAGAGAUCCAGGGUUUGUUUUUCAGAAGCAAGGGGAUAUCAAAAUUGAGAAAAUUAAGCAAUCAAAAUAUUUCAAAGCUCUUCUCCAACAGGCUAAAGGAAAUACUCUAAAUGAGGUACCAGAUGGCGGUGGAUGCUUAACUGAUGAUGAACCCGAAAAGCUGGAAGAUAUCAGUGCGAAGACUUCAAAAGUUCUUUUACAUGGAAAAUCAACAACCUUGAAUGGAAGCAUCUCAAGGGCAAAUAACAAUAUGCACAAUAAUUCUGUCAACUCAAGAGGAAAUGGUUCAGAGGAUUGUAUCCUUGUCCAGGGCCAUGGUUCGUUUACAUGUAUUAAUGUUGAUGAAGAAAGAACACAUGGAAGUAGCUUGAGAUCUAAGCGAGCUCACAUGGAAAUCAGUAGCCCAAGGAAUGAAACAGUCUUGUCUCCAUCAAGCAAGAGUGAGGCUAAUGCUGGUAUUUCUGGCAACAGUUUUGUUACUGCUAGAACAAAAUUGGAAAUGGAUGUUCGACAAAAGAGAGGGUUGGAUGGAUCACCAAAUUCCUCGGUCUCCCCGCAGAGCGAUGGAACUAACAGAGGCUAUGGUGUCAGAUCCUAUGGCUCACGCCGUGGAAUACGUGGUUUUGUUCCCCCUAUUAGAUCCAACUCGGGUAAUAACGGCAAUGUAACAUCACGUGCAGCAAAGGGUGAAGAUGCAUUAGACGAUUCGACAAAAAGAUGCAUGGAUAUGCUUUGUGGCCCUGAUGGUGAACUUCCAGAGAAGUUGCGGAACUUGGAGCCUCGCCUUAUUGAGCACAUUAGUAAUGAGAUAAUGGACCGUGAUCCUAAUGUUCGCUGGGAUGAUAUUGCUGGGUUGCAUCAUGCAAAAAAAUGUGUAACUGAGAUGGUCAUAUGGCCUUUAUUACGUCCUGAUAUUUUUAAAGGUUGCCGUUCUCCAGGUCGAGGGCUUCUUCUGUUUGGUCCCCCAGGAACAGGUAAAACGAUGAUAGGUAAAGCUAUCGCUGGAGAGGCUAAAGCAACAUUUUUUUACAUAUCUGCCAGUUCACUAACCAGCAAAUGGAUCGGAGAGGGUGAAAAGCUAGUGAGGGCACUUUUUGGAGUUGCCAGUUGCCGCCAACCAGCAGUGAUAUUUGUGGAUGAAAUUGAUUCACUGCUGUCCCAGCGCAAGUCAGAUGGUGAGCAUGAGUCAAGCAGGCGACUGAAGACACAGUUUCUCAUUGAAAUGGAAGGAUUUGACAGUGGAAGUGAACAAAUUCUACUCAUAGGAGCAACAAAUAGACCACAAGAACUAGAUGAGGCAGCUAGGAGGCGACUUACCAAGCGACUUUAUAUUCCACUCCCUUCCGCAGAAGCGAGAGCCUGGAUAGUACGUAAUCUCUUGGAGAAGGAUGGACUUUUCAAACUGUCUACAGAGGAUAUUGAUAGCAUAUGCAAAUUGACCGAAGGGUAUUCAGGAUCUGACAUGAAGAAUUUAGUGAAAGAUGCUUCCAUGGGUCCAUUGAGAGAGGCUUUGAGACAAGGCACCGAAAUCACUAAACUUAAAAAGGAGGAUAUGAGACCAGUUACUCUACAGGACUUUGAGAAUGCACUACAAGAGGUGAGGCCUUCUGUUUCCGUGAAUGAACUUGGCACAUAUGAAGACUGGAACAAUCAAUUUGGGAGCUUAUCAGUAUCAACUGAUCUGAUUGAUACUUACAUACCUCCUCAUUAACUUCAAUCACAUUCUAUGUAGAAUCCAGCGACUCCAACUCAGUCAGCUUGUGGUAUGAAAGCCCCUUCCCUCAACUGUUUCAAAACUUUAAAUAUAUAAUGUGCUUUGCUGUAUUAGUUUCAAAGACGAGGGAUCGUGUGAGAGUAGGAUUUAAGGUGAGGAGCAAUAAGAAGGGAUCUAAACCGUUGAUCACUUUUAAUCUCACCCCCACCCUUGAAUUGUGCUUAUCAUGGGAAUUGAUCCAGUGCAUUCCGUUGCACCGCAUUAGUGUUGACCUUCAAUUAGGAUUGUUCCAAGGGUGAAGAUCUCUUCUUAUCCUUCUCAUCAUAACUUCCAUUAUCACCUCAA